UAUGUAUGGCUAGCAACGCAUAAGUCUCCGAAAAGCUCUGAAGUCUACAUUCGAGCUCUAACUUUGAAUCAGAGGUCACGUGUUACUCGGUUACUUUACAGAUAAACAGCGUUUGAAGUGUGUUUUAUAGUAACUGAUGUGGUGUUUGAUCUUAGUCUUAGUUGAAAUAAAGUCUAACACGAGACGAAGAGAAAGUGUACACGCCUAAUACGUCUCCCUCGCAUGUUGUGAGCAGAAACUAAAGUAGCUACAGGUGACAGAAUGAAGGUGCUGGUGUUAAAGGAACCCCGAGAGAGCGAGAAUGAGACGGAUCCGUACAUCAAGGAGCUGGCGGCAUGUGGACACUCGGCCACACUCGUCCCCGUCCUGGCGUUUCAGUUCGUCUCUCUGGAUCAGCUAUCAUCUCGGAUAUUUCACCCAGAAAGACACGGGGGGCUCGUGUUCACCAGUCCCAGAGCGGUCGAGGCUGUGAAGCGCUGUAUUGAGAGCAGUACACGCAGAGAAGAGUGGAACUCAGUGAAAGAAGAGUGGAACGCUAAAUCUGUGUAUGUGGUGGGGAAAGCGACGGCGUCAUUAGUUGAGGCUGUGGGCCUGAAGCCGCUGGGUGAACACACGGGCACGGCUGACGUUCUGUCUCGGCUCAUCAUCGAGAGAGAAAAUGCCACAUCCCUGCCUCUGUUCUUUCCCUGCGGCUCUCUGAAAAGAGAAGUGCUGCCCACCACACUGAGACAACACGGUGUUCCUCUGGAGACCCUGACGGUCUACGAGACGGCUGAGCAUCCAGACCUGGAGAGAAACAUCACACACUACUUCAGCGAGCAGGGAGUGCCAGCCAGCGUCGCUUUCUUCAGUCCGUCUGGGGUCAAGUUUUGUCUGGAGCUGGUAAAGAAGCUCUCUGGAGAGAAACUCGACCAGAUGAAGUUUGCAGCGAUCGGUCCCACCACGGCCCAGGCUCUACAGGAAGCAGGUGUGAGCGCCAGCUGCACGGCUCAGAAACCCACACCGCAGCACCUCGCCACGGCCAUCACACACAGCCUGAGGCGUGACCUCUGACCCCUGAUCAGACGCGGUCCGUCCAAACACCUGGGACGUCAUGCCACUGAGCGAUAAGAAAUGCUUCACAGGUGUCUUGAAAAUCUCUAUACGUAUAGGAAACGAACAUCAUUAAGCAGCUACAUGCAGAGCACAAUCAGGACUGCGAGAAAUUACUGCGUGUGUGUUUAUGAAGAAGCUGAGGUCUUGUAAAAAAAAAAAAAAAAAAAGUUAUGUUUUGAAGCAAGGGAGUUGAUUUAGCGUGUGUAUGGACACUUGAGACACCCUGUUCUGUUGUCCAUGGUGGGGUGUGUGUGCACUGGACAUCAUAAGAAAAUGAUGAAUCUGUUACAAUACAAAUGUUUUACUAAUCAGUUGUAAACUGAACAAAACCACACACACACACACACACACACACACCACCAAUGAAUUUGUAAAGAUUUGCCAUAUUUCACCUUAAUUUCAAAAUGUAUUCCUAAGUACAGGAAUCAAACUGACUGAUUAUGAAACACAGAAAUCAAUAAGCAACACAUCCAUAUAAAAUGUUAGAUCACUACUAUAAAUAUUUUAUUUUGCAUACUUUAACUAAUAGUAUUCUAACAUAUUAAAACUUAUACCCCAGGAUACGUCCAUGCAUGUUUCCUAUAGAAUGAGUGUUUUUCCAGUAAUUCAUUCCUCUUCUGUUUGUUUAAGAAUCACCGCUACAUGAGUAUUUGAUGCACUGAAAUGAGUCACUGGAUUACAGUAAAUAAUUAUGAGUGUAUAAGAUACAGUACAUCAGUGUGAACACGAGUGUUACGUUCUGUUUGAAAUGAAAACGCAAAUAAAGGACAGUUUAUACUUUGA